AUAGCCAUCACACAGAGGAGCCCCUGGACUGCUGGUUGCUGGUGUUUCUCCUGCACUCGUCCACUGCUCUUAACAUCAGCGGAGAGAAGAGAAGGCAGUGAUGAGGAUGACACGCUGCCGUGAUCACAAGUAACCCAACCACCUCACUGCUCCUUCAUUCACAUCCAAACCUGCAGGACUGAGCACUCAGGAUCCACUCUUACACUCAUCCUCCAGCUUUGUCCAAUUUGGUCAGAAUGAUGGAGCGAGCUGUCGUGUUGGUGCUGUGCUGGACGCUGAUGCUCGGACUGUGUACGCCGCUCUAUCCUUCACUAAGGUUUGGUCAGAGAGCCACUGCGAUACUGAUGAGCUCCUCGCUGGAGGACCCACUGCAGCCUCCGACAGACUACAGAUCCGCCCGGAGUCAGCACGUCGAGUUCAGGUCUGGGAGACACGCGGACGCCAUCUUUACUAACAGCUACCGCAAGGUUCUUGGUCAAAUAUCUGCUAGAAAAUUCCUCCAGACUGUUACAGGAAAAGGAUCGGGAAGCAGGCCAGAAUCUGAACCCUAUGUAAAACGGCAGGCGGGAAUUUUUGAGGACACGUACAAGCAGGACCUGAUGUCCUUCGAGAGGGAACACAGUUACAGGAAGCAGCAGAGAGGACGUCGAGGCUUUAGUCUUCAGUGCAGUGGCUGUGAUUGUGGUGUGCUGAUGAACAGGAAGUGUCCAGAGAAUCAGCACAGAAAAUAAUCAAAGAAAAUAAUGUCUUGCUUUCUUUUGGUUUG